AUGAACAAAUACCAAGUUAAACGAUUUACACCAGAAGAAAUUUCAUCAAUGGUAUUAAGUAAAAUGAAAGAAACAGCAGAAACAUUUGUUGGAAAAGAAAUAAAGAAUGCAGUUAUUACAUGUCCAGCAUAUUUCAAUGAUUCUCAAAGACAAGCUACUAAAGAUGCAGGAACAAUUGCAGGAAUGAAUGUGAUGAGAAUUAUUAAUGAACCUACGGCAGCAGCUAUUGCAUAUGGACUUGAUAAAAAAAGUUCAGGAGAGAAGAAAGUAUUGAUAUUAUUACUUCUUUUGUUAACUUAUUCAGAUACACUACGUUGGAAAUUACUUACAAAAAGACUCUUAUGUGUAUAA